CGUGAAUUCCACCCGGGGAAAAUCCGUGCGCGCGUCUUCAACAGCCAACUUAACGUUUCGCUCCAACCCGCGCACCACCCGACGUAUCUUUACUAAUCCGAGAUAUAUAUCAAGCAUGCCGCUCCCUCACGUCCUGGUAACAGGCGGCUGCGGCUUCGUCGGAACAGCCGUGGUAUCCGCGCUGCUGGACACGAAGCGAUACAGCGUGACGGCGGUGGACAUCAAUCCGCCAUCUCUGGGCAGCCCGAAUUUCAGCAGCACGCACACCAACGUGCGCUAUGUGCGCUGCGACGUUCUCGACCCGGCAGCUCUAUCCAGCGUGUUUUCCGAGACCAGGCCUGUGGCUGUCAUCCACACCGUCGGCAUGUAUCAUCUAGGCACAAAGCGGUAUUCCAUGGAGGGCCGUGACGCCGUGUUCGAGGUCAAUGUCCAGGGCACGAGAAACGUGCUGCAGGCGAGUAAGGAGUGUGGCGUUGAGAGCUUCGUGUAUACGAGCAGUACGACGGUCGUGCUGGAUGACUUGAAUCGCGAUUUCAGAAAUGUAGAUGAGAAGUGGCCGAAGCAUUGCGUGGAUACGAGUUAUGGGCUGAGCAAGGCCCUCUCCGAAGACCUCGUCCUCACCUCCUCCACACCUACCUUCCUUACCUGCGCCCUACGCCCACCCCCAAUCUUCGGUCCCAACGACAGCACUCUCACGCCGACCCUCCACGCCUGCAUCUCGGCCUUCCAAACGCCCUUUCUCCUGGGCACCGGCACCAACCUGCAGGAUUACGCGUACAUCAGCAACGUGGCCGACGCACACGUGCUAGCGACUGAGAAUCUGCUGCUGGGCGCGGAGAACAAGGACGCGGCUGGUAGUGCGGCGGGGGAAGCGCUGUUUAUUUCAAACGGGGAACCGGUGACCGCGCGUGCGUUUUGUCUGGCCGUGUGGCGUGAAUUCGGACAUGUGCCUGCGUUUGAGAUUGCGGUGCCAGAGCGCGUGGCGUGGUGCGUGGGGUAUGUGGCGGAGUGGGUUGAGUGGGCUACGGGGGCGCCGGGCACGCUGUGUCGGGGUGUGGUGAGCGAUGGGUGUCGGGAUCGCUAUGUGUGUAUUGACAAGGCGCGGCGGGUGCUGGGGUAUGAGCCGCGGGUUGGGCUGGAAGAAGGGAUCCGGAUUACUUGUCAGCAUUACAAGACUACGCUUCAGGGGCGACGGAAAACAUAG